GCAGCAACAACGACAGCAGCAACAAGAACAGCCGCAACGACAGCAGCCACAACGACAACAACAACAGCAACUAUCGCAUUCAAAGCCUAAACAACAGGAACAGCAACAGACGAAGUCGCUAUCGAAGUCGCAGCGAGAACAGCUGAAGCCCCAACUAUUCGUUGCCGCUGCCACGCCCACAGCUGAGAGGAGCGGAAGCACCUCGACGCUAGUGUCGGCGCAAAACGCCAGCAGCGAUGCCACCUUGCGACCAGCGCCUGAAACGAGGCAAAGCGACUUGCAACUGCCGCAGACAGCUUCAUUGUUGCUGCCACGUCUACCACGUCUCAACUGCAGACGCAACUUUAGCGCCGCCCAGGAAUAUCAGCAGCUGUUGCGUGUGGUUGCUCGCAAGCGCCACAAACCAAGCAGCAAUAACAACAAAACCACAAAGCCAACAAAAAGUAAAACUACAGAAAAAAUAAUGAAACCGACCACAGCAACCACAACAGCAGCAACACCAGAGAGCAGCAGCAAGCGUCGUCGUGCUGCCACUGCCAAGCGCCAGAGCGGCAGCAACUGCCCAACAGGUGGGUCGCGACGCAGCAAGUCGCCAACUCCAACAAAAUCAACACCGAAAUCACGUCGCAGUCGCAGUCCGAGUCCAACGCGAACUCCAAGUCCAGCAUCAAGUCCACUCAAAGCUCAGCGACGCUUUGUGGCAACCACACCCGGUCCAAGCGACGUGCAUAGCGUAAGCUAUCAAUCUAUCUUGAGUGGCAGCUCCAUCAACAGCGAGCAGUGGUCGGUGCAGAGCGAAGCUAUUCGCCAGCCUCGGUCUCAACCACCGCCACAGACACCACCACAACCAAGGAAAUACCGAUUGAGAGCGCGGAGCGCAGAGAGUCUCGUUUAUCCCAAGAUAACGCCAGAGAGACGCAGAGUGGCAGAGCCAGAGUACUCUGAUGACAACUCAAAGGAAUUUGAGCCGAGUUUGCUAACUAACUCGAGCAUUAGUUGGAGCAGAUCACGAUUGUCGCCACCACCUCCACCACCACCACCACCUGUACAACGCUUUCCUGAACAGCCGCCGCCACCUCUAGGAGCUUCUACCUCAGACCUAUCAGCAAGCCGAACGCCAGCGAAUUCGUUUGAUGGAACCUCCUUCGAAUCCAGAGCAGAGACACACGCAAUGGGUGCAAUGCGUCAGUCAGACGAUCGUCCAUCUGGCAGUAAGCCACUAAAGCUCUCAUCCAUACGCAUGCAGCCUGCCACAAGUGCCACAAAUGCCACAAGCAGCUAUCAGCUGACGCCAGGCUGCUCUGAGGAGAGCCUGGAGACGCGUCAACAGGAGCGACUGUCGGCUAUGACGCGUUACCAGAAUCCCCCGUCCCUGCUGCUGCCGAAACGGACCAAUCUGGGACUGCUGCCGUCCUUGUUUCUGCGCCAGCCGCAGCUCAACGAGCGCUUGAUUCGCCGGCGCGCUGCCACCGUCAAGACAAAGAAGCCGCCGUGGCAGCCGCCGCUGUCGAAGCCCCAGUCCGGACUGCGCACGCGUCGACCGCCGCCGCAGCGGCAGACUAAAUUGGUAUUGUCAAAGCAAUUGGCGCACGCGCAGCGCUGGCUCAACCUGCUGCAGCUGCAGCAGCAGCCACAACUGGCGGAGCCAACACUAGUGAACACAAGCAAACGUUCGCGUUCCGGUUGCGAUGUGCAGCGGCAGCAUGAGGAGAUGCGAGGCUAUGCCACGCCCUGUAGCUCGACCAGCAAUUUACACGGGGGGCAGCGACAGGGACGACAGAGGGCGCAUUUGUUUGACUUUGAUGACAAGUCGGAUGAAGGGAGUCCACGCUGGUCGCCGAACCUGCAGACAGCGCCCAUGCCCUGCUCCAUACUCAAAACCCCCGCCAAACAGUUUAGCAAGCCGUGGAGCGAGAGUCGGCGCGUCAAUUUCAAAACCGAUGUGCGCUCUUUGUUCAAAUCCAACGCCCCACGAAAUUCCAGUCCCCUGCCCGCUUGCCAGCACCAGCAGCCGCAUAGCUUCCACUUCCAACAAUCACCAGCAGCACGACCCAUGCCGCAUGCCGCACGCUGUCAGCAGCCCUCGCUUUUUGCGCUGCCUAGCACCAGCAGCAGCAGCACCCACAACAACUACGACAACAACAGCUACAGCUACAAUCAGUUGAGCGAACCCACGCCGCUGUUGGUGCCACGCGGCGCUUAUGCCACACGCAAGCGUCCAGUGCAACCGCCGCCCGUCACGCUGGUCUCCGAUUUGGACCUGCAUAGUUAUCAUCGCACUCCGCGGCACAUAUUGCCGCAGCAACCACCCGCACGCUCCACGGCCGGCACCACUUGCCCACCUUAUGCCAAGCAACGCAAUGCGAGCGUCAGAGCCGCCACCGCUGCCACCGCCGCCUUGGAUCUGCUCCUCAGCCAGGCGCAACGCUUGCGGCACUGCACACAGCGUCUGCCGGAUCCGUACACCUGCUCUAGUCCCAGACGCCAGCCGUCGCAGUCGCAGUCGCAGUCGGAGGCUGAGCCGGAACCGAUACCGCUGAUCAUACCGCCCAGCCACAGUGGCUUGCUGCUCGAGCGCUGUCUGUCCACCCAAUGGCCUGAGCAGCUGCAGCAGCAGCAACAGCGGUAGACACUUUCUCACUCUCACGAUUCAAAUUAAAAGUUUUUUCUGUGUA